AUGAUCGUUCAAAUUUGUGCUAAAAUUGAAAAUGAACAACUGUUUUCUGCAACUAUUAAAAAAGAACCCUCUGAUAUUAACGAUGUAGUUAUUGAAAAACAAGAAGUUAGAGAGAAUAAACAAGCUAAAAUUGAAAAUGAACAACUGUUUUCUGCAACUAUUAAAAAAGAACCCUCUGAUAUUAACGAUGUAGUUAUUGAAAAACAAGAAGUUAGAGAGAAUAAACAAGCUAAAAUUGAAAAUGAACAACUGUUUUCUGCAACUAUUAAAAAAGAACCCUCUGAUAUUAAUGAUGUAGUUAUUGAAAAACAAGAAGUUAGAGAGAAUAAACAAGCUAAAAUUGAAAAUGAACAACUGUUUUCUGCAACUAUUAAAAAAGAACCCUCUGAUAUUAACGAUGUAGUUAUUGAAAAACAAGAAGUUAGAGAGAAUAAACAAGCUAAAAUUGAAAAUGAACAACUGUUUUCUGCAACUAUUAAAAAAGAACCCUCUGAUAUUAAGGAUGUAGUUAUUGAAAAACAAGAAGUUAGAGAGAAUAAACAAGCUAAAAUUGAAAAUGAACAACUGUUUUCUGCAACUAUUAAAAAAGAACCCUCUGAUAUUAACGAUGUAGUUAUUGAAAAACAAGAAGUUAGAGAGAAUAAACAAGCUAAAAUUGAAAAUGAACAACUGUUUUCUGCAACUAUUAAAAAAGAACCCUCUGAUAUUAAGGAUGUAGUUAUUGAAAAACAAGAAGUUAGAGAGAAUAAACAAGCUAAAAUUGAAAAUGAACAACUGUUUUCUGCAACUAUUAAAAAAGAACCCUCUGAUAUUAACGAUGUAGUUAUUGAAAAACAAGAAGUUAGAGAGAAUAAACAAGCUAAAAUUGAAAAUGAACAACUGUUUUCUGCAACUAUUAAAAAAGAACCCUCUGAUAUUAAUGAUGUAGUUAUUGAAAAACAAGAAGUUAGAGAGAAUAAACAAGCUAAAAUUGAAAAUGAACAACUGUUUUCUGCAACUAUUAAAAAAGAACCCUCUGAUAUUAACGAUGUAGUUAUUGAAAAACAAGAAGUUAGAGAGAAUAAACAAGCUAAAAUUGAAAAUGAACAACUGUUUUCUGCAACUAUUAAAAAAGAACCCUCUGAUAUUAACGAUGUAGUUAUUGAAAAACAAGAAGUUAGAGAGAAUAAACAAGCUAAAAUUGAAAAUGAACAACUGUUUUCUGCAACUAUUAAAAAAGAACCCUCUGAUAUUAACGAUGUAGUUAUUGAAAAACAAGAAGUUAGAGAGAAUAAACAAGCUAAAAUUGAAAAUGAACAACUGUUUUCUGCAACUAUUAAAAAAGAACCCUCUGAUAUUAAUGAUGUAGUUAUUGAAAAACAAGAAGUUAGAGAGAAUAAACAAGCUAAAAUUGAAAAUGAACAACUGUUUUCUGCAACUAUUAAAAAAGAACCCUCUGAUAUUAAGGAUGUAGUUAUUGAAAAACAAGAAGUUAGAGAGAAUAAACAAGCUAAAAUUGAAAAUGAACAACUGUUUUCUGCAACUAUUAAAAAAGAACCCUCUGAUAUUAACGAUGUAGUUAUUGAAAAACAAGAAGUUAGAGAGAAUAAACAAGCUAAAAUUGAAAAUGAACAACUGUUUUCUGCAACUAUUAAAAAAGAACCCUCUGAUAUUAACGAUGUAGUUAUUGAAAAACAAGAAGUUAGAGAGAAUAAACAAGCUAAAAUUGAAAAUGAACAACUGUUUUCUGCAACUAUUAAAAAAGAACCCUCUGAUAUUAACGAUGUAGUUAUUGAAAAACAAGAAGUUAGAGAGAAUAAACAAGCUAAAAUUGAAAAUGAACAACUGUUUUCUGCAACUAUUAAAAAAGAACCCUCUGAUAUUAAGGAUGUAGUUAUUGAAAAACAAGAAGUUAGAGAGAAUAAACAAGCUAAAAUUGAAAAUGAACAACUGUUUUCUGCAACUAUUAAAAAAGAACCCUCUGAUAUUAACGAUGUAGUUAUUGAAAAACAAGAAGUUAGAGAGAAUAAACAAGCUAAAAUUGAAAAUGAACAACUGUUUUCUGCAACUAUUAAAAAAGAACCCUCUGAUAUUAACGAUGUAGUUAUUGAAAAACAAGAAGUUAGAGAGAAUAAACAAGCUAAAAUUGAAAAUGAACAACUGUUUUCUGCAACUAUUAAAAAAGAACCCUCUGAUAUUAAGGAUGUAGUUAUUGAAAAACAAGAAGUUAGAGAGAAUAAACAAGCUAAAAUUGAAAAUGAACAACUGUUUUCUGCAACUAUUAAAAAAGAACCCUCUGAUAUUAACGAUGUAGUUAUUGAAAAACAAGAAGUUAGAGAGAAUAAACAAGCUAAAAUUGAAAAUGAACAACUGUUUUCUGCAACUAUUAAAAAAGAACCCUCUGAUAUUAACGAUGUAGUUAUUGAAAAACAAGAAGUUAGAGAGAAUAAACAAGCUAAAAUUGAAAAUGAACAACUGUUUUCUGCAACUAUUAAAAAAGAACCCUCUGAUAUUAACGAUGUAGUUAUUGAAAAACAAGAAGUUAGAGAGAAUAAACAAGCUAAAAUUGAAAAUGAACAACUGUUUUCUGCAACUAUUAAAAAAGAACCCUCUGAUAUUAAGGAUGUAGUUAUUGAAAAACAAGAAGUUAGAGAGAAUAAACAAGCUAAAAUUGAAAAUGAACAACUGUUUUCUGCAACUAUUAAAAAAGAACCCUCUGAUAUUAACGAUGUAGUUAUUGAAAAACAAGAAGUUAGAGAGAAUAAACAAGCUAAAAUUGAAAAUGAACAACUGUUUUCUGCAACUAUUAAAAAAGAACCCUCUGAUAUUAACGAUGUAGUUAUUGAAAAACAAGAAGUUAGAGAGAAUAAACAAGCUAAAAUUGAAAAUGAACAACUGUUUUCUGCAACUAUUAAAAAAGAACCCUCUGAUAUUAACGAUGUAGUUAUUGAAAAACAAGAAGUUAGAGAGAAUAAACAAGCUAAAAUUGAAAAUGAACAACUGUUUUCUGCAACUAUUAAAAAAGAACCCUCUGAUAUUAAUGAUGUAGUUAUUGAAAAACAAGAAGUUAGAGAGAAUAAACAAGCUAAAAUUGAAAAUGAACAACUGUUUUCUGCAACUAUUAAAAAAGAACCCUCUGAUAUUAAGGAUGUAGUUAUUGAAAAACAAGAAGUUAGAGAGAAUAAACAAGCUAAAAUUGAAAAUGAACAACUGUUUUCUGCAACUAUUAAAAAAGAACCCUCUGAUAUUAACGAUGUAGUUAUUGAAAAACAAGAAGUUAGAGAGAAUAAACAAGCUAAAAUUGAAAAUGAACAACUGUUUUCUGCAACUAUUAAAAAAGAACCCUCUGAUAUUAACGAUGUAGUUAUUGAAAAACAAGAAGUUAGAGAGAAUAAACAAGCUAAAAUUGAAAAUGAACAACUGUUUUCUGCAACUAUUAAAAAAGAACCCUCUGAUAUUAACGAUGUAGUUAUUGAAAAACAAGAAGUUAGAGAGAAUAAACAAGCUAAAAUUGAAAAUGAACAACUGUUUUCUGCAACUAUUAAAAAAGAACCCUCUGAUAUUAACGAUGUAGUUAUUGAAAAACAAGAAGUUAGAGAGAAUAAACAAGCUAAAAUUGAAAAUGAACAACUGUUUUCUGCAACUAUUAAAAAAGAACCCUCUGAUAUUAAUGAUGUAGUUAUUGAAAAACAAGAAGUUAGAGAGAAUAAACAAGCUAAAAUUGAAAAUGAACAACUGUUUUCUGCAACUAUUAAAAAAGAACCCUCUGAUAUUAAGGAUGUAGUUAUUGAAAAACAAGAAGUUAGAGAGAAUAAACAAGCUAAAAUUGAAAAUGAACAACUGUUUUCUGCAACUAUUAAAAAAGAACCCUCUGAUAUUAACGAUGUAGUUAUUGAAAAACAAGAAGUUAGAGAGAAUAAACAAGCUAAAAUUGAAAAUGAACAACUGUUUUCUGCAACUAUUAAAAAAGAACCCUCUGAUAUUAACGAUGUAGUUAUUGAAAAACAAGAAGUUAGAGAGAAUAAACAAGCUAAAAUUGAAAAUGAACAACUGUUUUCUGCAACUAUUAAAAAAGAACCCUCUGAUAUUAACGAUGUAGUUAUUGAAAAACAAGAAGUUAGAGAGAAUAAACAAUCUAAAAUUGAAAAUGAACAACUGUUUUCUGCAACUAUUAAAAAAGAACCCUCUGAUAUUAAGGAUGUAGUUAUUGAAAAACAAGAAGUUAGAGAGAAUAAACAAGCUAAAAUUGAAAAUGAACAACUGUUUUCUGCAACUAUUAAAAAAGAACCCUCUGAUAUUAACGAUGUAGUUAUUGAAAAACAAGAAGUUAGAGAGAAUAAACAAGCUAAAAUUGAAAAUGAACAACUGUUUUCUGCAACUAUUAAAAAAGAACCCUCUGAUAUUAACGAUGUAGUUAUUGAAAAACAAGAAGUUAGAGAGAAUAAACAAGCUAAAAUUGAAAAUGAACAACUGUUUUCUGCAACUAUUAAAAAAGAACCCUCUGAUAUUAAGGAUGUAGUUAUUGAAAAACAAGAAGUUAGAGAGAAUAAACAAGCUAAAAUUGAAAAUGAACAACUGUUUUCUGCAACUAUUAAAAAAGAACCCUCUGAUAUUAACGAUGUAGUUAUUGAAAAACAAGAAGUUAGAGAGAAUAAACAAGCUAAAAUUGAAAAUGAACAACUGUUUUCUGCAACUAUUAAAAAAGAACCCUCUGAUAUUAACGAUGUAGUUAUUGAAAAACAAGAAGUUAGAGAGAAUAAACAAGCUAAAAUUGAAAAUGAACAACUGUUUUCUGCAACUAUUAAAAAAGAACCCUCUGAUAUUAACGAUGUAGUUAUUGAAAAACAAGAAGUUAGAGAGAAUAAACAAGCUAAAAUUGAAAAUGAACAACUGUUUUCUGCAACUAUUAAAAAAGAACCCUCUGAUAUUAAGGAUGUAGUUAUUGAAAAACAAGAAGUUAGAGAGAAUAAACAAGCUAAAAUUGAAAAUGAACAACUGUUUUCUGCAACUAUUAAAAAAGAACCCUCUGAUAUUAACGAUGUAGUUAUUGAAAAACAAGAAGUUAGAGAGAAUAAACAAGCUAAAAUUGAAAAUGAACAACUGUUUUCUGCAACUAUUAAAAAAGAACCCUCUGAUAUUAACGAUGUAGUUAUUGAAAAACAAGAAGUUAGAGAGAAUAAACAAGCUAAAAUUGAAAAUGAACAACUGUUUUCUGCAACUAUUAAAAAAGAACCCUCUGAUAUUAACGAUGUAGUUAUUGAAAAACAAGAAGUUAGAGAGAAUAAACAAGCUAAAAUUGAAAAUGAACAACUGUUUUCUGCAACUAUUAAAAAAGAACCCUCUGAUAUUAACGAUGUAGUUAUUGAAAAACAAGAAGUUAGAGAGAAUAAACAAGCUAAAAUUGAAAAUGAACAACUGUUUUCUGCAACUAUUAAAAAAGAACCCUCUGAUAUUAACGAUGUAGUUAUUGAAAAACAAGAAGUUAGAGAGAAUAAACAAGCUAAAAUUGAAAAUGAACAACUGUUUUCUGCAACUAUUAAAAAAGAACCCUCUGAUAUUAACGAUGUAGUUAUUGAAAAACAAGAAGUUAGAGAGAAUAAACAAGCUAAAAUUGAAAAUGAACAACUGUUUUCUGCAACUAUUAAAAAAGAACCCUCUGAUAUUAACGAUGUAGUUAUUGAAAAACAAGAAGUUAGAGAGAAUAAACAAGCUAAAAUUGAAAAUGAACAACUGUUUUCUGCAACUAUUAAAAAAGAACCCUCUGAUAUUAACGAUGUAGUUAUUGAAAAACAAGAAGUUAGAGAGAAUAAACAAGCUAAAAUUGAAAAUGAACAACUGUUUUCUGCAACUAUUAAAAAAGAACCCUCUGAUAUUAACGAUGUAGUUAUUGAAAAACAAGAAUUAAUUAGUACUUAA